UCAUGUUUGUCAUUUAAAAUUCAUAAAAUUUCAUUUAAUACAUUUCACUCAUCAAAAUUAUAAGUAAUAAAAAACAUAAAAAUGUCAGAGGAUAAAAAAGAAGAUAAGAAAAAGAAGGGAGAAGCUAAUAAGAAUCCAAAUUGCAGUGUAACAAUAGGUCCAGGGCCAAACAAAUAUGAGCUUCCCCCUGUUAUUGGAGCAAUUCACAAAAAACCCAAAAAACAUGAUUUUACGAGAUACCAAAAUCCUGCUUGGUCAAUGCAACCUAGACGAUACGUAGGAAGCAAAUUUAAAACUCCUUCCCCUGGAGAUAUUGGUAACCUGCAUAGAAUAAAUCCCCCAGCAUAUACUAUUAAAAGUAGACAUCCCCCACUCAAAAGGCCCAUCGAUCCUGCUUUGAUAAAUCUAAGGGACACAGAUAAACCAAGAGCUCCAAUCUGGACACUACAUUUAAAACCUAAAGAUGGAAAAGGAUUUCAAACUCCAGGUCCCUCCAUGCUCCCUUCUACUUUAAAUAUAAAACAUUAUACAUUAAAAGGCCGUUAUCCUGGAAAGCAAACACAAAGCCCGCCUCUUUACGAUCCCGUGGAACUAAAUAUUUACAAAAACAAAAAACCAGCAUACAGUAUAAGACCCAGGAUUCAGGGACCAAAACCAAAACCGACUCCAGGUCCUGGAGACAUCAAUGAUUGCUUUUGCAACAAAAAUCGUGGAUUCCAAUUUGGUUUAAGAACAUGCACUAAACCGUAUAUUACAAAAGAUGAUGAAAUGCCUUGCCAAGAUAUUGAAUAUUAUUAAUGUAUUAAUUUUCUCUAUAUAAACUUUGAC